GUAUAGUACAGCAGCAUUCCAAAUGAGCCGCAAACGAAGCAUGUCCGAGGCCUAGCAGCAUGUCGAACCAUCCCGUGCGGAAAGCAACGAGGCACAACCGAUGCGACUACCUGAGGGUCGUCUUGUUUUGCAAGGGAGCCGGAGCCGACAAAGAUACGUACCGACCCGGAUCCGACGAAUCGCAGUGGUGGGGACGGCGGGAUGCCCUGGUCCGCUGCGUGGCUUCCUUUCUGUUCGGAGCGAACGCCUCGGCAUCGAACAAGGAGCUGGUGCUUUUGUUCGACGAUGAUCUUGCACGAUUGCACAUGUCCAUAGGUGGCGGCGACAGAGCCGACGAAAAGGACAACGGCGGCGCGAGUGUCUUUCCCAAAGAACAAACCAUCAUCCAACUGUGGAAGAGAGCCGCUCAAAAUCUCAGAAAGCCGGUGCACCUCAACGGGAUGACGUGUACCAUUCACUUGGAUCCUGCUCUGUCGCUGAAAGCAACAACACCUUCCUCGAAUUCCGGCAGCGGCAGAAGUGCGAAUCACGGCAGUAUCGAACAGAUCGAUACCAAGCGUGCGGUCUUGGAAUACAUCCAAAAACACGUGUCCAUGGACUUUCUUCGGGAACACAAAAUCAACAGUCAUCCCGAGGUGGUCCUGCGGAAGACAAACAAGCAAAAACUGUUGAAAAUUUGGCAGGCCUGGACGAAACAAAGCCAGACAUCGACGAACUCUGCGGACGAAAGCGACGACGAAAACGACGGCAACGGUCGUCGGCUGAGGACGAUCUACCGCAACCUAUUGGAAUUUCCUCUGGACAAAACCCCCGGCACGGGUGGUUCUUCGCCCGAGGUCCCACGAGUGGUAGCGGGCACCCUGCACGAAACCAGCGAAGAAUUUCCGUGUUUUGGACCGCAGACACGACAAGAGGACGACGGAGAAUCCUCCGGAGCGUCGUACCGCGUGUGCCUCUUCCUGGGUGCCGUUCGCGACAUGACGUCCCGGGAACACGACAUUCUGGGACGGGUCUGCGGUGCUUCGAACAUCCCACUGGUGGGGGUUCGGUUCGGAACCGUUCCCGAAUUCACUUCCAAGAUCCUCUCACUCUUGGCCUUUCACCAUGCGAACCAUGUUCUCGACGCGUCGCUGAAGAGACUCCUCGUUGCGGCCGGAUCUGGCGAAAGAUUGCAUCGGUCACGAUCCACGGCAAUCGAACAACAGCAGCAGCAGCAACAUCAGCAAUCUACUUGUCUUAGCAUCAUAUGCACAGUACCAACACACUCGACCGAAAUAUCGAUCGAUGGCAACAAACGAGACGAAAUCCACUGGCGAUUGGUUCGGGUGAUCGUGUGCUCGCUGUGGCGGUCAAAACUCGUUUCGUCAAAGUCGCAGGUCGGCCAUGCCAAUAUUCUCCACUUGGUCUUUGGCGAUGGCGUGGUGGUCACCCUGAACGAGCGGGAGUUUGUCGGAAGGCUCGCCGAUCAGCACCAGGCGGCCCCGAGCGAAUUCCAGAUCCUCACCGCCCUGAUCCACGAGAUCAAACACCAGUCACGGUUCCAAACACCGCCGGUCUCGUCGAAAAAACAAAGCAGCGACGGCUCCGAUAGUGGUUGGAGCAGGAAAAAGCUGGCCAAGCGUUUGGUGAAGAAAGUCCUAGAGUCGUCUACGGUCACGGUGACGAGUGCCAUUGGGAUCGAAUCGAGCGCUCCGAACGAAAUCGUUUCUCGCUUUUACGACGGCCCCACUAGGGACAAUGCCUUAGCCCCAGCAGAUUCCGAUCGUGGUGUAUUAAUGGCAUUGUACAUUGCACCUGCUACCAAUCAUUCGAAGGGCUCCCUGUUUGAUCGUCUGCAACAAAGACAGGACAAGGCAGAAGAGCAACACAAGCACGAUUCACGAAAAAUGUACMGCGAAAUAAUUUCCGCAUCGAGAAAACUACAAAUCCCGACGAUCGAGCAAAACGUCAUUCCCAAUCGCUGUUGGGACAGGGAGGCCGCGUCGAUCAUAGCUUUACAGCAAAUGUGUUACCAGAAUCGUGUUUUCGCCACUCGAUGCACUCGAUCGAGAAACACAGCGCCGCCAAAAACCGCAGGGGAGAAACGAAAGAAGCCGAUCUAAGUACCAAUUACAAUCUGCUUCUUCUGAUAGAAUAAUACAUAGAACCAUCUAACUUGCCGUAUGAUGACGAUGAUGCUUAUAAAGUAUUUUUAUCUCU